AGCCUGCCAAUUCUUCGUGUCGCAUCGCACCUGCCCCGGGCAAAUGCUGGUCCACGUACCUUCUCUACGACCGCACUUCGACGCGAAAACCAGGAUGUCUUUCACUCGCUAAAGGAGAGCCCUGCGGCAAAUUUCAUGUCGGCCCUCCAAGAGACACCCAAGACACCUCAGACGCUCACUGAGAAGAUCGUGCAGCGACAUGCCGUUGGCGUCGCUGAGGGCAAAGUCCUCCGUUCAGGCGACUAUGUGACCUUGCAACCACACAAAUGCAUGACGCAUGACAACACAUGGCCUGUGGCCCUCAAAUUCAUGGGCAUUGGUGCUACCAAGAUCAGCGACCCGAAACAAAUCGUCAUGACGCUCGACCACGAUGUGCAAAACAAGACGGAGAAGAAUUUGAAAAAGUACAGCCAGAUCGAGCAGUUUGCGAAGAACCAAGAUGUCGUUUUCUAUCCCGCUGGAAGAGGCAUUGGCCAUCAGAUCAUGGUGGAAGAGGGCUAUGCGUGGCCAGGAACGCUAGCCGUGGCCUCGGACAGUCACUCGAAUAUGUACGGCGGCAUUGGAUGCUUGGGUACUCCUGUGGUUCGAACAGAUGCCGCCAGCAUCUGGGCAACGGGCAAGACGUGGUGGCAGAUUCCUCCGGUUGCAAAAGUCACGCUCAGCGGCAAAAUGCCUCAAGGCGUAACUGGCAAGGACGUCAUUGUCGCUCUAGCCGGUCUCUUCAACAACGACGAGGUCCUGAACCAUGCCAUCGAAUUCACCGGAACCGACGAGACAUUAGGUAGCAUCCCCGUCGAUGACCGCCUCACCAUCGCGAACAUGACAACCGAAUGGGGGGCCCUUACCGGCCUAUUCCCCAUCGAUUCCGUCCUUCACGGUUGGCUUCGGGCAAGAGCUACUCUGGCAGCCAUGGGCGAAGGAGAAGCCAAGGACCACCAUCAGCAGCAAUUCCUACAUGAGCGUAUCGACAAACUUUUCACUGCAACCGGCAUCGUCGGACAACAGCUAGGCCACAUCUUCAAACCUGCGUUCGCUGCCGACAAGGGAGCUGUCUAUGCCAAGGAGCUUUUCCUAGACCUGUCAACCUUGUCGCCCUACGUUUCUGGACCAAACUCUGUCAAGAUAGCCACUCCAUUGGCCGAAUUGCAGAGCCAGAACAUCCCCAUCAACAAGGCUUACCUCGUCUCGUGCACCAAUUCCCGUGCCUCAGACCUUGCGGCCGCUGCGAACGUUUUCAAAGACGCGUCUAUCUUGAAUGGAGGCAAGAUUCCCAAGAUUCCAGAACACGUCAACUUCUACAUCGCUGCCGCAUCUAUCCCAGAACAAAAGGCGGCUGAAGAGGCUGGCGACUGGCAGGCACUUCUGGAAGCUGGUGCGCAACCACUGCCUUCUGGCUGCGGUCCGUGCAUUGGUCUCGGUACAGGUCUUCUGGAACCCGGCGAGGUUGGAAUCAGUGCUAGUAAUCGUAACUUCAAGGGUCGCAUGGGAUCUCCUGAUGCGAAAGCAUACCUUGCAAGCCCGGAAGUCGUUGCCGCGAGUGCAUUGUCUGGCAAGAUCUCAGGUCCUGGGUGGUAUCAAGCUCCCGAAGGCUAUUCUGGCGUCCGUCGAGGCGAGGGCGAUGGUAUUCUGGAAGAGGAGCGCAUGAUGACCAUCGAAGACAUGCUCGAGAAGGCGAUCAAGGACGCCGAGGCAGCUAUUGGAACCUUUGACACCGAUACUUCAGAGACGCAAACAGUCAACCCACCUGCAGCGCCAAGCUCAGCAGCUGAGACCUUGACUGAAAUCCUUCCUGGCUUUCCGGAAAAGAUUGGCGGAGAGAUUGUCUUUUGUGAUGCUGACAACAUCAACACCGACGGUAUCUACCCGGGCAAAUACACAUAUCAAGACGAUGUGACCCGAGAGAAGAUGGCUGAAGUAUGCAUGGAGAACUAUGACCCCAGCUUCGGACAAACAGCAGCGGCAGGCGACAUCCUCGUAUCAGGCUUCAACUUUGGCUGCGGUAGUAGCCGCGAGCAAGCCGCAACCGCUAUCCUAGCAAAGGGCAUCCCGCUCGUGGUCGCUGGCAGCUUCGGCAACAUCUUCAGCAGGAACAGCAUCAACAACGCUCUCAUGGGUGUUGAGGUUCCCAAAUUGGCUAACCGUCUCCGAGAGGUGUUCUCAUCGGCAAGCCCAUCCUCCUCACAGCAGGCUAUCAAGGAGCCUUCAAACAACCGCGAAUCGCUCGACUCUCCACCACCAGCAGCGACAGAACAACCAGCCCAGGCCAAGCAGCUAACCCGCCGAACUGGUUGGACCCUGGAGUGGGAUGUGCGCAGAAGUACUGUGUCCGUGCAGGAGGGACCAGGCGGCUCGACAUGGAGCGUCAAGGUCGGUGAGCUCCCUCCCAACGUUCAAGAGAUCAUCGCACUCGGUGGCCUCGAAAACUGGGUAAAGAAGGAGAUUGGCAGUACAUUCAGACCGUUUAGGCAUUUGUUCGACAUGUCCUGGCUCAGACGGCGAGCCGGCCCUUUAAUCAUCAUCGGAACAUCUGCAUUCGGCGGCGCCGCAUAUCGCUUUAUUAAACCUGCAGAUUCCUCCGAUGCGUCGCUAAACCCGCAUACCUUUACACCAUACACGCUCGUCGACAAGAAACCCGUGUCUUCCACAAGCGCGAUAUUCACAUUGCGCAACCGUGAUGGCGCACCAGACCCGGAAAGCGUAAAGGAAGUGUGGAAACGCAGCGCUUGGAGCGUGCAGAUCAAGCAGCCGCAAUUGCAGAUUGCGCGCGCAUACACGCCGUUGCCGCCAGUCUCAGAUGGAAGAAGGAAGGGUGAAGAUGAGCCACAGGACAUACGAUUGCUGAUACGGCAAGAGCACGGGGGCGAGGUGUCAACGUAUCUGCAUCGGCUACCUGAGGAAUCGACGAUAGAACUACGCGGCCCGAACGUCGAAUGCGAGCUGCCCCACGAUAUCAAAGAGGUCAUAUUCCUGGCAGGAGGGACGGGUAUAGCGCCUGCCAUGCAGGUAGCGCAAGCAUUGGGGCGGAGAACAGGAAGCGCAAUGCAUAUACUGUGGGCAAACCGGCGGCGCGAAGAAUGUGUUGGCGGAGUCAGCGACGAGCGCGAUGGCAACACGGCCGUACAGAGUCGAAAAGGAUGGUGGAAGAGCCUUGUUGGCGAUAAUGAACCCGCUGCUCAAAAAACGCUCCGAGGAGACCAGAGCGAGCGCAAAGGUAUCAUUGUUCAGGAACUUGAUGCGCUCAAGGAGCGGAGUGAACCAGCCACGAGAGGCCUGAGUGUACAGUACUACGUCGACGAGGAAAAUACGUUCAUACAACCUAGCGAUGUUAUGAAAAGAACGAGUCGAUGGCGAGAAGGGACGGGCUCGAGCUUAAUCAUAGUCUCGGGCCCAGAUGGGUUCAUCGAGUAUUGGGCGGGCAAGAAGCUCUGGGUGAAUGGCAGGGAGGUACAAGGACCGCUUGGAGGACAGCUGGGAAAUAUGAAUUUGGGAGAGUGGAGGGUGUUGAAGUUGUCUAGUGAGAGUCCCGAACCCGACGCCGAACUCGGCACCGCUCUGACGCCACCAAUCACAGACAAGGACCCCAAUGCACGACCAGAAUGCUUCAGAUCCACGGUCCAAGAAUGCUUGUUCUGGGAAACAUGGAUGGCUAAUAUCGCGGCUAGAUUGACAGCAGGUGCAUUGCUGUUAUUCUUUGGCAGCAUAGCAGAUCUCUUCGGCCGCAAAUCCAUGUUCAUCGGGUCCAUGUUCCUCUUCUCCGUCUUCUGUCUAGGCGCUGGGUUUUCUCGAUCUGGCAUGACUCUCGACAUACUCUGCGGCGUCCUUGGAAUCUGGUCUGCAUCUGCUGUUCCGCCAGCCCAGGGUAUGCUGGGUACUAUCUACGAGAAACCUUCUCCAAGGAAGAAUAAAGUUUUUGGCUGCUUCAGUUCUGGAAAUCCUCUAGGAUUCGUCUUUGGUACUAUACUUUCAGGGCUGUUCACACAGAUAUUCAAUUGGAGGGCGGGCUUCUUUUUGCUCGCGAUUGUGUACUUUUGUAUCAGCGUCAUCGCGAUAUUCACGGUGCCAAAAGAUACGGCUCUGAAGCAAACCCUCGACGACGAGACUAUCAAGAAGCUAGAUCUACCUGGUACCGCGAUGACCAUCCUGGGUAUUGGCAUGUUUUGUGCUGCUCUGAGUCUUGGUGGCGAUGCACCAGAUGGCUGGAAGACACCCUACGUCCUCGUACUACUGAUUUUGGGCGUUUUAUUAAUCACUGCAUUUAUCGUGUGGGAGAAAAAGUACCCGUAUGCCAUGAUCGACAUGAAUAUCUGGAAAGACCGAGACUUCUCCUUGCUGCUCGUCAUCCUCACCUACGGCUUCCUUGGAUUUCCCGUGCUCUCCUUCUGGCUUGCACUCUAUUUCCAGAAGGUGCUUGGAUACUCGGCCUUGAUGACUGGCGUGCAUAUGCUCCCGAUGGUCGUCGUAGGCUUGCUCGCCAACCUGGUAGCCGCUCUCAUUCAACACAAAGUCUCGAACAAGUUGAUCGUGGGGAUCGGUGCAGGGGCAUAUCUAGUGUCGUUUGUGCUUGCUGCGGUACAGCGACACGGCGACUCGUACUGGGCCUUUUCGUUUCCCGCAUUGAUGCUCUGCGUAGUGGGAGCAGACUUCCAGUUCAUUGUUGCAAACUCCAUCGCAGGCUCGCUCUUGCAGACCUUGACACGCCUCUGCACGGCAGUCGCCUACGGCAUCGCCACUGCCAUCUUCGACGCUGUAGAAAGACGUCCAACCUCCUCUGGAUACUAUGCCAACAACGCUGUGGAGCCCUUUGCAGCAGUCUUCUGGUUCUCCGCAGGGUGUGCAUUCGUCGGACUACUUUUUGUUCCAUUCUUGCGAAUCGGCACGCAAGGCCACAAGGGCGAUACGGGCCGAGUGAAGGGCCGCGUAGAGAGUCUAGAUGACGGACAUGUGGCCGUUGCUGUGAAUGAGAAACAUGAGGAGUUCAAUGUAGGAGUGAAGAGUUGA